AUGGCGCCCAAACCUUCAUCAAAAUCGAAUCAUUCUACGCCGUCAAGACGACCCAACACAGCCCACCACCAAUCCAGGACUCCUCAGUCAAAGCACCGGCUUCAGUUCAACAGCUUGCCGUCCGAGCACCCAGUUGAAGUCGUCGGCAGAAUCCGUGAUCACCCCAACAAGCCCAGUGCAAACCCCACCUCGGCCCUGCAAAUCAACGGCGAUGGAAAAUCGGUGAGAGUGCAAACAGAGAUCGGGUACAGAGAUUUCAGUCUGGACGGGGUCUCGUAUUCGGAAGAGAACGAUCUCGAGGGUUUUUAUCACAAGUUUGUGGAGUCGAGGGUUCAUGGUGUCAAGCUGGGGCAGAAAUGUACGGUCAUGAUGUAUGGGCCGACGGGCUCGGGCAAGAGCCACACCAUGUUUGGGUGUUUUAAGCAGCCCGGGAUAGUGUACAACUCCCUCAAGGGCAUUUUGGGUGAAGAGGAAAAUGGACAGAAGUUGACAUUUGUUCAGGUCACUGUUUUAGAAAUUUAUAAUGAGGACAUUUAUGAUCUUCUGUCAGCAGGCAACGGAUUCAGUCUUGGGUGGUCGAAAAACAGUUAUGCUUCUAAGGUGAAAUUGGAAGUGAUGGGAAAGAAAGCAAAAAACGCGACAUUCAUUUCGGGUAACGAGGCUGGAAAAAUAUUGAAAGAAAUUCAAAAGGUUGAGAAGAGAAGGAUUGUCAAAAGCACGCUGUGCAAUGAGAGGAGCUCUCGAAGCCAUUGCGUGAUAAUUGUCGAUGUUCCAACCACGGGAGGGCGGCUAAUGCUUGUGGACAUGGCAGGUUCAGAAAAUAUAGAACAGGCCGGACAAAUUGGACCGGAAGCAAAAAUGCAGACAGCUAAGAUCAACCAGGGCAAUAUAGCGCUAAAGAGAGUUGUUGAGUCAAUCGCAAAUGGCGACUCACAUGUCCCAUUUAGAGAUAGCAAGUUAACUAUGCUUCUUCAGGAUUCCUUUGAGGACGUUAAGUCCAAAAUCUUGAUGAUACUAUGCACGAGUCCCGACCCAAAGGAACUACACAAAACCAUUGCUACCUUAGAAUACGGCGCAAAGGCCAAGUGCAUAGUCCGAGGUCCUCAUACGCCUGUUAAGGACAGAGCAGCCGAAGAUUCUUCAUCUGCUGUGUCAAGAAUAGCGGUCCUUGACCAGUUCAUCUGCAAGCUACAGGCUGAAAAUAAAAUAAAGGAAAAAGAGAAGAAUGAGGUACAGAAAGAUCUGAAACGCAAAGAGGAGGAAAUUUCUCAGCUGAGAGCUAAACUUGUCUCGGGGGUGGGCCAAGUAAGUGAGGAAGAGAUCAACUUGAAAGUCCAUGAGCAGACCCGACUGCUGAAAAAUGAACUGGAGAGGAAAAUAACUGAGUGCCAGAAUAUGGCCAAUGAGGUUCUUGAGAUGGAGAGGAGAAAGAUGGAGGAGAAAAUGUCCCAACAGCAGAGGGAGGUCGAAUUUCUAAGGCAGCGUUUGGAGGAUAUCGAGAAAGAGGUCCUUCGCCAAUCGUCAGUAGAAAUUGACAGCGGGAAUUUCAUGAAAAGGCUGCUGGAAGGCUGUAAUGAGGACUCGGAUAUGGUGAAGUCGAUGGACCUUUCCAAAUCCAUCGACAUGGAGAAUCCUACUAACACUGUUGUUUUUGGAUGCAUUAACAGCAUUAACGAAGGAAUGCAUGGUUUCUUGCCCAACAAGGCAUGCCUGACAACUGUGUACGAGGAGGACGAGUAUGAAAAUGAGAAUGACGAUGAGGUGCGGAAAGAAGUUAUCGAGGAGAAAAGAAUGGUAGUCACACCAGAAGCUUCAUUUUCGAACGACGAGCUCGAAAAUUCUGACGAUGCAACCCGUUCCCGUCAACUAAGGAUUCAGAAUAUUUUUACUCUCUGUGGGAAUUAUAGAGAUAUCUCUCAGCAAAAUAGUUGCACUAGUAACGUUGAUGAUUGUGCUCCGAGAGUAAUACUUGAUGAGAUCUCUUGGCUUCAGACAAGCAAACCGAAAACUGUUUCUGUGUUGGAAAAACUUGAGGUGACAGAUCAGAAUAGAGAAGAUCUUGUGAUGGAUCGGAAGGAGGAAGAUAGAAAUCCUGUGGAUGAUGAUGAUGAUGGUGUUGACGUUUAUGUGAAAUGGGAGGUACCUAAGGAGAAUCCAGGAAAGCAAAUCACGACUCUGAAGGUUUCAAAGAAUUCUAGUCUUACUGAUUUGAGAAAGUUGAUUGAGAUUCAUCUCAGUGGGGAAGCUUUCUCUUUUCUUGUUGGGGACCCAUCUGAUUCACCCGUGCCUAAGGAAAAAGAAGGCACUAUACAAACAAGCCAGCUCCCAGGUUGUAACAAGCAAUUACGUGGCGGUUAUCUAGCUAGUUUACGUCCUGUCAAGUCGAGCCAGUGGCGGCCUACUAACCGCCAUCCGUUUAGUUCUCUUGAAAACAAGUUGGUGCCUACAACAACUCCAAAAUCACAAGACACAAAGAAAAUUAAUGAUGGCUCCUCAAUUGAUAUGCUAUCUACAACUUUUAUCACCGUCCAACAAUAG